CGUCACUACCAUACCCAAUUCUUUGAGCUUCUCCAUACUUGUAAUUAUCUGCCUUCUAUCUCUUCUUCUCCUUCUUCUUCUUCUUCUUCUUCUUCUACAUAUGAUGUCUUUCUGAGUUUUAGAGGCGAGGAUACACGCACCAAUUUUACAGAUCAUUUGCACGAGGCUUUAGUCCGUAAGGGAAUCCGGACCUUCAUUGAUCGAGAGCUUGUAAGAGGAGAAGAAAUAUCACCAGCCCUUGUCAAAGCAAUUGAAGAAUCAAGAAUUUCUCUCAUUGUAUUCUCUGAAAACUAUGCAUCUUCGAGGUGGUGCUUGGAUGAACUUGUCAAGAUCCUUCAAUGUAAACAAUCAAAGCAACAAGUAGUUUUGCCCAUUUUUUACAAGCUGGAUCCGUCGGAUGUGCGAAAACAAACAAGUAAAUUUGGUGACGCAUUUGAAGGCCUUAUUGAAAGCAAAUUCAAAGAUAACGAGGAGAAGGUGCUCAUAUGGAGGGAAGCUCUUACAAAAACAGCAAAUUUGUCCGGACAUACUUUCAAGGAUGGAGAGUACGUAUAUUUCUAUCUUUAUCAUUUUCAUGUUUAAUUUUU